UUCACAUUUCCGCCUGUAAAAAGAACCUUCUCGCUCGCCGUCGGCAGUUUGAAUCAACUUUAUUCAUAGCGGCCUUUGACAAUUUGUUAAACAUGGGUGCACGGGUUACGCGUGUGUUCAGGAAUUACAACUUGGAAAACCGAGUGCACCGAGAACUUUCCAAGGACAAGCCGCGAGCGGCGCCCCGGCACUCGGUUAAGCUUCCACCGACAGCCUCCAGCCCGCAGGAAGUGGAUUCGUUGAACCAGAAUAACGCGCCGCUGCUGGACCACCUCAGGUCCGUGUACGUGGAGUCCAGAGAUCCAGCACCGGCUGCAGCAGAGGUAUCGAAGGACGUGACGGCGGGGAGAGAACAGCGACGACUUCUUAAGUUCAGUGUCCCAGCAUCUCCGUUGGGCCUGGUGGAGCUCACAGAUGUUCCCAUUGGUAAACUGACCAUUGCCGAAGCUCUGAAGGCUGUGGGCAGCCACCAGCAUCAGCCUCAGACGUGGAGUCCCGAAAAGAUCGCACAAGAGUAUUCUCUGGACUUGAAAGAAACAAAAGCUCUUUUAGAUUUCUUUGUCCCCUUCAAGGUUGAGAUCAUACCACCCAAGACUAAAAAGACCAAGCAGAUAAAGGCUUCGUAGGACUAGAGUCUCUGACAUCUCUGUGGAAAAUGACAGCGUAUUUAAUUUAUUUAUGCUUUUCAGUGUUUGUCACUGCAAGAAUGAGCUGAUUGAAAGCUUGGACAUUACAUAUUGCUGACAUGGAGAUGAGAUCAUAGGAAAUUUCAUGGGACAUACUGCGAGAUACAAAACACCCCUACAAUAAACAUGAGAAUAAUUGUAGAUAUUUAAUCUUCUUUGCAAUCCUAUUGGUUAGUUAUCUGAUGAAAAUAAAACAAUCUAAAACUG